AUGUCCAAGCCGGCGCCUGUGGUGACCAUCAGUCAAGGGACCCUGAGGGGUUCCAGUGGUGUGGAUAUUCGCAGGAACACGUUUUGUAAGUUCCUGGGGAUUCCGUACGCUAAGCCGCCUCUGGGGAGUUUGAGGUUUAAGGCGCCUUUGCCUCCGGAGAGGUGGGUGGGUGUGCUGGAUGCUACGAAGGAGGGGGAUCCCUGCUACCAGAGGGACUUUUUGAGGAAUAAGGCCAUUACUGGGAGCGAGAAUUGCCUGGUUUUGAAUGUUUAUACGAAAAAGCUACCAAAACCCGGCGACGACCUCCGCCCCGUCCUCUUCUGGAUCCACGGCGGCGGCUACGUCUUCGGCUCCGGAAGUCAAAUAAUGUACGGCCCUGACUUCCUCGUCACCGAAAACGUGGUCCUAGUCACCAUAAACUACCGCCUCGGACUCUUAGGCUUCCUCAGCUUCGAAGACCCCUCCUUGGACAUCCCCGGCAACGCCGCCCUCAAAGACCAAGUCAUGGCCUUGAAAUGGGUGCAAAAGAACAUCUCCAAAUUCGGCGGCGACCCCAACAACGUCACCAUCUUCGGCGAAAGCGCUGGCGGGGCCUUCGUCCACCUCCUCAUGCUGUCCCCCAUGAGCAGAGGGCUUUUCCACAAAGCGAUCGCCCAGAGCGGGUGCGCCCUAAACCCAUGGGUGCGCGGGGUCAGAGGCUGCCACGUGGUAGCAGAAGCCAUGGGUCUGCACGAGGCGGACGAUCGUACCGUUUACAACGCCCUAAUGCAGAAAACAGCCCAAGGGAUUUUCGAGAUCCAGGAGAAGAUUCGAGAUAGGUUGUUGGCGAGCGAACUCAAACCAUUUGGGGUUGUCAUUGAGAAAAAUUCAAGGGAAGCGUUUCUGGAGAAGGAACCUUUAGCUAUGGUGUUAGCGGGGGAUUUUGCUCGGGUGCCGCUGAUGAUGGGGUACACUGUGAAUGAAGGUACUGCUUAUGAGCUCUUCAAGAAACCGGAGCUUCCCGAGAUGCCGCCUAUUGAAAGUACCAUUCCGUGGUACUUCGGGUAUGACAAUGACUCUCCUGAAGCACAGGUUGUGGCUGACAAGAUCAAGGAUUUUUACUUUGAGGGGAAAGAAUAUUCGAAGAAGACUCAAUCCGAGAAGUUUACUCUUCUGACGGACGCCCACUUCUUACAUGGUCUCUACGUGACGGUUAUCAGUCACAUCAACCACGCCAAAUCGCCUCUCUAUCUGUAUAAACUCGUUCUAGAAACGAAGCUAAACUUCUUCAAAAAUCUCCUAGAUAUUAAAGUACCUGGGCCGUACCACUGCGACGAAAUCGGUUACCUGUUCAAAAAUUUUACCACUCCAGUCAUACGAACGGGAAGUGUCGAAGACAUCUCUCUUCGGAAAUUUCUGAGAUUGUGGUCAAACUUUGCCAAGUUUGGGAAUCCCACCCCCGAGGAGUACGACCCGUUGCUGCAGAGCGAAUGGAAGCCAGUGACGGACACGAAUCUUGAUUUUCUCUACAUUGGAAAGACUUUAACCCAGAUGUCGAAUCCCGAUUCGGAAAGAAUCAGCUUCUGGAAACAGCUGUUUAGCGACAGUCCAGCGGGAAAAAUUGCCAAUGGUUCUUUAUGAAUUUUUUUAGUAUACAUUUUGUACCAAUUCUCGUUUAAUGUGUUGCCUAACCAUUUUAUUUCGAUGAAGUGGAUACGAUAAAUUUUUAUGUUGUAAAAUAAAUUAGAUUAGAUCUAAACAAA